AUGGCAGCUCCUAGUUAUUUGAAUCGCUUUCCAUUCAAGAAGUUCCCUGUAACUACUAUUCCAGUGCCUCUGCUAAUUCAUGGCGCGGUGGGGUUCUUCUUUCUGUAUAUAAUAUUUGAUUUUGCACGAAGACUUUUUAGUUUUUUGUCCUUUGAUAAAUCCGAAGUGUGUUCUCAAGGUGAAAAGGAAAAAACUUACCAAAAGGUGACAUCUUUUAGUGAAAAAUUAAUUGAUGGAAGCUUAUGCAAGGAAGAGGUAGAAAUGGUUAUGGCUAAUUUGGGUAUUUUUGCCAAUUCUGAAGGUGUGAAAAUUCAGGAGAGGUUGGAUUCUAAUGACAUUUUUGAACUUUUUGGAGAGGAAUUAGAAGCUAAAGAGCAAGAUGUAAAAGAAGCUUUUGAUAUAUUUGAUGAGAACAAAGAUGGAUUUAUUGAUGAAUUGGAUUUGCACAGAGUUCUUUUUGCUCUGGGAUUAAAGCAAGUUGCAGAAUUGGAUAAUUGCAAGAAGAUGAUCAUGGCUUUUGAUGAAAAUGAAGAUGGGAAAAUUGAUUUCCAGGAAUUUGUCAAAUUGUUUUAA